AUGGCGAUCUGUACUUAUAACGCACGUACGCUUGCAUCGGAAGCGGACAUCGAAGAUCUGAUAAUGCAAGCCAAGAAGAUCAAGCACAACGUCAUCGGACUGACCGAGACGAGACGACGUCACCCUCUCAACGCCGUAUAUGAAACUGGAGAAGAACUGUUCUUAGGAACAUGCAACAGUAGAGGUGUUGGUGGAGUUGGCGUCCUCGUCAACACGAGUAUGGCAAAGAACAUCGACUCUUUUGAACAACUUACAACCCGAAUCGGACGUCUGCGGAUGAGAAGAUGUGGUCCAACACCAGCUUUGGUUAUCUUCGUCGCUUACGCUCCAACAUCAAGCUACGAAGGAGAAGAAGUCGAAACUUUCUAUAUGGACCAGGAGAAGUUUUACCGAGAAGAACUGUUGAAGAAUAGAAUGUUGAAGAAGAAUCAUGCCUUCUACAAAGUCAUAAUUGGCGAUUUCAACGCCAAGGUAGGCCCAAGAAGAACGCCGGAAGAACUUCACAUCGGGACUCACGGCCUACAAUGGAAUGACCAGGGGGAGAGGCUCUCCGAGUUCAUUAUGACGACUAAGACCAUCCAUGGGAACUCGCAAUUCCAGAAGCCCUCCUCUCUACGCUGGACGUGGGAUUCACCCGGUGGAGGGUAUCGUAAUGAAAUAGACCACAUCAUCGUCAAUAAAGGUUCUGCCUGA